AACUAUUUUACUUGAUUCUGCGUGAGAGGAUGGAAUCUACCGCAAGACUUCCAAAGGGAUGAAUCGCGCUCGCUGUGAACUGUGCAGCAUCUACGAGUGUUAUCACCCGUUGCGUAUCAGACCUUUCCUUCCAUCUGCCUGUCAUUGGCCAUGUCGUUGAAGCAGAGGGUCGUUGGUCUCCUCGCCGCGGGAGGUGAUGUUCUCACCGCCGUCAAUGCUACAUCGGAGCUUUACGAUUUUCCACUGGUGUCGCACUCCUGAUCCUCAGCGAGAUCGAAAAGUUCAGGGGAAACAAGGAAGAAUGGGAGAGUUUUGGAAAAUGUGUCGCGGACGCUAUGGUCGAUGUGGUUGCAGGCAUCGAUUUGUACGACUCGUCUAACGAAGAGGUUAAGCCGUGGAUGGAAAGUGUCACGAAGCUAAGCGACAACCCCCUCCCCCACACGAAGAACCCCAGCAGGAUCGAUGGUUCAAGGAAAGAUUUUAGCAUGGCCUCGGCAUACUUCAAGGUAACUGUGUUUGAUCCUCGUUGGUCAUGUUGCUGCUCUGAUCUCGUUAUCGGAACCAUGUAGGUCGGUACAAUAGCAAACAAUCAAAA